AUGAGGAUGGUGAUUUCCAGCCCUAACCUCUAUGCCUCUCACAGUUCAAAUGGCUGUGUUGUGGUUGCCGAUAAGACUGUGGUACUGUUGGACCAGAGCUGCCUGUCGGUUUUGUUACAGCUUCAGUUUGACUCUGAUGUUGACACAGUGGGUCUCUGCCAGGAAGGACAGUUUCUGGUGGUCGGGGAGAGAAAUGGAAAUAUCCACCUUAAUUACGUGCCGGAGAAGAAGACAGUGUUAACAAAAGCUCUAGUGCCGAAGCCCCGCUGUGACAAUGAAAAGACCUACAAAAACCUGCUCAUUCAGGAGGACACAUCACUUCCAGGAAUCUACCACAUGUACUUCCUUGUUUCUGACGGGUUCUUUCAAAUUUCCAACCUUCAGCUGGAAAAAAUUCAUAUGGCCAUAGCAAAAACGGACUUUGGCACCUUGAAAGAGCUUCAGAAUCCAAUCAAGAUUGCAUUCUUUUCCACUGAAGAGCGACACACCCAUGGGUGCCAGCAUGCUGAAAUCGCUGAACUGGCAAAUAACAUACAGCUUGUAAUUGGGGGCAGUGGAGACCAUGUGCUCUCCACAUGGAAAGUGGACCUGGUUCAGAAGACGUUGUGUCUUAAUAAUGUUAUGGAUUCCAGUUUAGUAACAGGUGUGAGAAAGACCCAGAUUUUGGGAAAUGUGAUGUUUGUUUUGGACAAUGAGAAUUUCUUGAGCAUGUGGGAUAUAUACUCUCUGGUUAUGGUGUGGUGCUGGCCAUCGCAGUGUAUCCAGGACUUCCUGCUUACAACAGAGGGAGACUCUGCUUCUGUGGCCACACAAGAAGAUGCAAAUUUGAAGCUCAUAAUCCUGACGGCACAGGACAACACACAGAAUAGGAACCUGACCGUGUACUCGGUUCCUUCAAUGAGCCUGCUCUAUUCACUGGAGGUCUCUGAUGUUUCCUUUCUGGUCCAAACUGGAAUCAGCACGGACACCAUAUAUUUACUUGAAGGAAUUUCUGAAAACCAGGAAAGUUCCGAGGGUAUGGUGUCUGCCAUAGUAUUGCGAUGUCUCACAGAAGCCCUGCCGGAAAAUAGGCUGAGUCGUCUCCUCUACAAGCAUAAAUUUGAAGAGGCAGAACAGUUUGCCAUCCAGUUUGGACUUGAUGUUGAGCUUGUCUACAAAGUCAGGCUGAACUUUGUGCUGGAGAAGCUCGCAUCAGUCUCUGCUGGGGGCUAUGGGCAAGCUGUCUGGAUGGAGCUGGUAGAAGAGGCCAAAACCAAUUUGCACAAAAUUGUGGACGAGCAGUUUACCGUGCAGUACUGCAUCAGUACUCCCUGGCCUACCUUUGACACCGCACAGGAGAUGUUAAAUUACGCCAAGAACAAACUUUUGAAGAGAGAUGAACAGAAGACGUCCGCGUAUAUGGAGGAACUUCCCCUCCUGCUGACUGAGGUGCUGGAAGCUCUAGCAAAGCUCACUACCUUCUAUGGCUCCUGUGGACCAGAAAAAUUUAGUGGAAUCUCCUGGAUUGAAUUCCUGAACAGCACUGACCUUCUGAGUGACAUUAUGUGGUAUCUGAAGGAGCGAGACCUCAGGAGUGCUCAGUACCUGUGGCUGAGACACCAACCCGAAUUUGAGAGGAAGUUUGAUGAAAACAUGCUGGAAACACUACUCUCUACGAUCCCUGAAGAUGUCCCAUCUCGUGAUCUCUGCCUGUGGUUUAAAAGUGUGAUCACCCCAUUUGUAAGACGAAUAGUCCCAAAAGGACAGAAGUCACUUGUAAGAUGGUUGGAACAAAGGUCAAGGAACCUAGAGCUAACUGAAAAGAGUAACUGGCCAGAAAAUGGACUGGAAAUGGCGGAGCUAUACUUUGUUUCUCGAAACCCCAAUGAAUUAGGACUGUCUUCUUCAUGGCUUUGGAUUCCUUUGAAGGAGGAUGGUGACUGCGAAGAAGUCGAACAGUUGAAAGCUUUGGUGCGCAACUUGCGACAGAUGCUGGACCUGUAUAAAAAAUACAAUUGCAGACUGCCACUCUCGGACUUUGAAAAGGAGAAUAUGACAACAAUCGCGUUCCUCAUGCUGGACAAGGUUUUGGCACCGGAGCUCAUUCCAUCCACCAUGGAGACAGUCAUAAAGCCCUAUGCUGCAGAGCACAACCUGCAGCUGGAGGAGCUGCUCCUGCAGUAUAUUAAGGAUUUGCUGGAGCGUUGCAGUUCUCGGACUGCCUCUCUCUUUGAAACGGAGGGGGAGGCCAAAGCUAUGGCUGUGCUGAGCUGCAUGACUGACACGGAUCUCAUCUUCGAUGCAGUGCUGCAGGUCAUGUACAAGGCUGUUGUUCCUUGGAGUGAAGCAGUGGAGCAUCUGGUCCAGCAACACCUGGAAAUGGAUCAUCCCAAGGUCCUUCAGCUUCAGGAGAGCUACAGGCUCAUGGAAAUGAAGAAACUUCUAAGAGGAUAUGGCAUUAGAGGCUUUAGCCUUUCUGAUGACAAGCAGGCCAUGCAAAUGGUGAAAUACAUUCUGAAGCAGGACUUGCCCUCUUCCUUGGAUGAUGCUUUGAAGGUGGCUGAAGCCUACAAGCUGUCCACCAUUGAAAUCUACAUUCUCCGCAUUGUUCAUUUUAUCAGCCAAGGGAAAAGGGAGGAGUGCCUGAAUCUACUUAAGCGUCUUCCUGGUGAGGAAGCAGAGUGCAUUGCAGAGAGGCUGGCCAUGUGGGCUCGCCUGGAGCUACAGGACCAGACAGACGUCUCUGAAGAGCGCAAAACCCAUCAAAUAGCUGUAGCCCAUGUGAUGGUGGAGAUAUUGAAAUUUCUGCUGAGCAUUCAGAAAGACAACACAUUAAAAAGAAUGCAGUGUGAAAAUAAUCUGAAGAUGUUUGAAGCGAUUGCCCACUUACAGGAGGAUUUCGACAUCUUCCUGUCUCUGGAGGACUACGAGAGCCCUGCGGUGCUGGCUCAGUUCCAGGAGGAGCACAUCCGGGCCUACGAGAGCACGCGGUCCCGGGCCCGGACGGAGAAGGCCUCGGUGGUGGCGAAAGACCCGGAUGGCAAGACCAAGACCAUCUCCACGGAGGCGGGGCUGUACCGGCUGGCCCUGCUGCUGCAGCGCUCCGAGGAGGAGCUGGGAGCAGACCUGGCCAUGAGGGCCCUGGCUGUGGGCAAGGUGGAAAAGGCCCUGAAGAUCUGUUGCGAAUUGUAUCAACAUCACUGUAAUGAGAAGACUGGGCAAGUGCUAUUCAAUGCUGCACGGGACCUCUGCCAGAUGCUGAAAGCCAACACGCCUAUGAUAAUCCCUGAUGGAAUGAAUCUUCCGGCUGUGAUCUAUGAGUUGGCCUGUCAGGCAGCCACUAUAUGUAGUGCAGACCUGUUACUCGACUGCCAGGAACUCUGCAAAAACACCUUAGCUGCCAUGGAUGUGUACAGGCAGUGUCAGAUAGAUGACUAUGGCUUCAUCUCAAAGACCUCUUCUUUGGGGACUGACAGGGAUCCCUAUGGAGAGUGGACCUUUGAGGAUUUCUUCAAUGAGGACGGCAUAGUUCUAGAUCCCAUAACAGUGCUGCCUGUUCUGUACAAAAUUACUACUAGCUUUGUACCCCAUUCAGAGGAUUCAAAGCUUUAUCCUUUGGAUUGUUCCUGCUUGUCCAACUGCUCUUAUACUGAAGGUAAAAACCACCUCAGGCAAAUCAAGGGCCCCAUUAAUGAGAUGGUUCAGAACCUACAUGAGUGCAGCCAACUGGAGCUGGCCUUGAGGCUGAUGAUGAACUGUUUUGGGACGUGUCUGCAGCACAUCACAUCUAACAACAUGGAUUUGACUCUGAGCUCCAAGCUGCAUGAUCUUCAGCAUCUCCUUGAAGACAGAAACUUUGUGGUGUCACUGGGCGAGAGGACCAUCUCUGUCAUCAAAGAUGUUUCUUUGGCUUUAUUGCAUAAGGUGUUUAACUGCAGAGUGGUGGACUGUGACCUGGCCAUAGGGUACUGCUGUCUGUUACCAAAGAAAGAUGUGUUUGAAAAACUCUGGCACGUAAUCAACAACACUUGGCAAAACUACAACAAAAUUCUGGCUGUGGCUGCUAUAGGUGCCCACCUCUCCGUUUUGUAUGGAGAAGGGGAGGAACACCAGAAAUUCCUGUCCUUGAUUGCUGAUGCUGAGUGGGGCAUCGAGCUGGGGAAGCUGGGUAUUUCUUUCCAGGCUGUAUUCAGACAGACUCCUGAGAAGAAGAGGGACCUGAUUUCUACUCUAGUGAAGAACCGGAAUGUCAACUCUGAAUUAAUAUUAAAAUACUGCCGCACAUUUAACCUAGAGACUGAUUCUACCUUAAAUCUGUACAUUAAGACUCUUCUGCUUCAUGGUACAAGCAUUGAUCAGAGUGAAGAUGAGCCAGCAACAGACAUCGGCAGCACUCUGGACCACAGUGAUGCCCUGGCCAGAGCCCUCAAAAUUAUCCCUCUGCUCAAAAGUGCAAAUGAGCUUGUCAUCAGCCUAAAUACAGCCAUCAUCAAGCUCAGCCCUUAUGAUUACGAAACAAUUGAAGGCAUUCUUAGAGUAAUCCAGACCACGGAUGAAAAAAUCACAAGUUUUCACCUUGAUCAGGCAUUAGGAUUGCUGCAGCACCUGAAGUCCUACAAGCGCGUCUCUACACCUAUGGAUAUAGAGCACCAAUACCUGCAGGAGAAUUCCUUGCCGCGCUCUCCUCUUACACACACUAGGCUGCCAUUUCACCUCAUCUUCUUUAAGACCUCUCUCUACUUUUGGAAGAUUAUCUCUGCUGAGCUCAGUGAAGAGACUUUUCCCACACUGCUCCUCAUAUCUAAACUGAUGAAGGUGUGCUUAGAUAAACUUUAUAUGUCAGCAGUCAAUCAUGUCUUUGACAAAAGACUGAAGCCUCAGUCUCUGAAGCCGUCUAAUGGAAGAAAGCCUCAUGUGAUGACCAAAGAAACCAUAAAGACAAUGGAAACCAUCAAGACCUACCUUUUGUCUAUUAAAAACCCUGAAUGGGCUGCAGCUGCAGCUCACAAGAUUGCUCAGGAGCUGCCCACAGGUAUCCUUAAGACUACCUCCUUGAACUUCUGCUUGCUUCUAGCAGAGAAAUGGCUGAAGACUUCAAGCCCUGAGGAUCCAGCUCACGCAAAAGCGGAAAUAUUUUUGGAGAAGCUCAAACUGCAAUACCAGCGGUCAGCUACAGAGAAUACGCUCAUAUCGUACCAUUUAAACUCUCCCGAGUAUUUGAAGUCCACCGGUUUCCCUGCCAAACUCAUCGUCUCCCUCUAUGAGCACAGCAGCAUUGAACAGCGGCUAAAGAAUCCCGCAGGCAGAAACUACCCCGACAUACAUGCCGUGGCCAGAGAAAUCGCAUCAAUAAACAACAUCGAUUUAAGCAAAAUCAGGGAUUUGCUGCUGGACAAAUGGCUGUGUCAAAGCACAGCGCCUGCAGUAAAAGAUAAUAACACCCAGCACUAUGUCACCGACAUCCAGGAAGACCCAGAACUCAUGAGAGUCAUCUACUUGCUCCAGAUGUACCCCAUGGACUUCAGUGCACGAAUGCUGUACGCCAUUGUUACUGCAGAAGUUUCCCCCAUAUCCAACUCCGGCCCUCGACUGACUUUUGGAAACAGAAGCCGGGCGCUGAUGUGCCUCAUCCAAAUUGCCGACACGAAAACUCUGGAGUCCCUCCUCAAAACGUCUAUUGAAAAAAUCAAACACUACCUGAAGUACUGCAUCUACCUCUCGGAGUUUGAAGUCCUGAACAUUCCCUACACUGUGGAGUCGUUUCACAGCAGCCCGAAGGAGGGCAUGAUCAAAGGACUGUGGAAGAACCACAGCCACGAGCCCCGGGCGGUCAGGCUUGUAGCAGAGCUGAGUUUAGAGUACCAGGUGUAUGACCCUCAGCUCUGGAACGGGGUGUUACAAAAGCUGAUCAGUUUCAGCAUGACCUGUUACUUGCGGAAAGUUUUAGUGGCCUUAACUGCGGUUCAUUCUUUAUGGCAGGUUCCUAAUUUCAUCAGAGCCUGGAAGAGUGUCAUCUUGGCUCCUUUUCUCUCCGCCUCUAUUCCCCUCAGCCCUCAACAACUAGAAAUGUUCUAUCAGACCUUUGUUCUUCUUCUCAAGUGCCCAGUCCUUUUUGAUCUAGACUUGAUUGGCAUUGCAAAGCAGUUUGCUCAGUUUGACCUGCCAGCCUUUACUCUGGGCUCUCUUCUGCUGAUUCCAUGCUCUGAGAAAAAGGAGCAGCAAGUCCAAGGCUUCCUGUCAUCCAGUAAUCUGGUCACAGUUCUUCAGCAAGUAGAGGAGCACAUGAACACUGGAGAAGUAGCUGGGUUUUCGACUCAGAUUAAAGACAUGGUGUUGAACUUCAUGUGCAGAAAUAAGCUUUAUGAGAAGAUUGUGAGUAGCAAGCUGUUUCCUCUGCUGAAGCACCAUGUGAUAGUAACAAACCAGGUGAAGGAUCUCAUGGACUACCUCGUAAACAGCAACCGCCUUGAUGAUGCCGCCACUCUGGCUGCCGACCAUAUGAAGCUCAGGGGGAAGCACGUGCCCGCCAACAUGACUGCCCUUGAGGUUUUGCAGGAGUUCCUGAAGAAUUAUGAGGGAUGAUGGAAGUAGAUUGUGCAGCGCAAAGACCAUGGGCACUUCUGAUCUUCUAUAUCUUCCUAUGGCAAGAUAUGUAACAAUUCCACUCUAAUAACAUUGGACAUGUAAUGUGUGUAUUUGAACCACGCUGUUUCAUUUCUGUAACACAAUGCAGUCAGUGAAUUUUAAUAUGGUUUGAAUAUUUUAUUAUAUGGGUUACUUUUGAACUUGGCAGGUAUUCAAAAAAAAUUCUAUGUCAACAUUUGAAUAUCUCAAUCAUUUGUUUUCUUGUUCCAAGUUUCCGUGCCAAUUCUUUCUUUUCAGAGUCUAAAAUAGAUUGGAAAAAUAGAUGCUUGUAAUGCAUGAAAGCUUUUACUAUAAUCGUCAUUGUGAAUCUGUAUGUAUAGUCACGUUGAACCUAAUUAAAAACUUAAAAACUAAUUAAAAAAUGUAUAAUUGUAUUGUGUUUGGAAUUAAUUUAUCGUUAAAUUUUCAAUUGAAACUGGACUGGCACUAGAUCAGGUGUUACAGUUUUAAGUCUACCAUGCUGUAUUUACCUCUCUGCUCUUUGUACUAGAAGUUCAAUUCUGUAGUGUAUGUUUAAUUUGCAUUUGACACUAAAUAAUGAACAAG